AGAACAAUGUUAUCAUUGUUUAGGAGCCGAUCUACUACUACUGCAUUGAAUGUAGGCAGGUUAUACUUUAGUAGUAGCACGCCACAUACACAGAUACAGACAAAGACUAAGACAAAGCUUGUUACCACACCUAUCUUCUAUGUCAAUGGUAACCCGCAUAUUGGACAUCUAUACUCUGCAUUGCUGGCAGAUGCUUUGUCUCGUUGGAAUAGGAUGUGUCAGUAUGAUACAUUGUUUGCAACGGGCACGGACGAGCAUGGUAUGAAGGUACAGGAGGCCGCAAAGAAGUUCGGCAAGCAACCACUGGAGUUCUGUAAUCAAGUGUCAUCAGUCUUUAGGGAUCUGUUUGACAAGUGCAACAUCAAGUAUGAUGACUACAUACGUACUACAGAGCCACGUCAUAAAGAGGUCGUCUAUGAUAUGUGGCGAAGACUGGACCAGCGAGGCCUAAUAUACAAGGGCACUUAUGAAGGCUGGUACUGCACGUCGGAUGAAGCCUUCCUCACCGAUGAACAGGUGCACGACGGCAUGUCACCCAUCACACCGACCAACCCUUUGAGCAGGCCGUGCAAGGUGUCGAUCGAGUCAGGCAACCCAGUGGACUGGGUCAGCGAAUCAAACUACAUGUUCAAGCUCACCAACUUCCUGCCCGAGAUUGAUACAUGGCUGUCCAAGCAGCCACUCUACCCAGCGAGCCGCAACCAACAGGCCAAGGCAUAUCUUCCUCAUUUACGCGAUCUUUCAAUCUCGCGACCAUCCUCGCGUCUAUCAUGGGGCAUCCCCGUGCCAGACGACCCAUCACAGACCAUCUACGUGUGGCUGGACGCACUCACUAACUACGUGACAGUGGCUGGCGGCAUGAAAGGACGCUACUGGAACGACGAUGUCACUCAUAUCAUUGGCAAGGACAUUGUCAAGUUCCAUUCAAUAUACUGGCCAGCCUUCCUGCUUGGCGCGGGACUGGCUCUGCCAUCAAGGAUCAUCGCUCACGCUCAUUGGACUGUCGAGCGCGAGAAGAUGUCAAAGAGCAGAGGCAACGUCAUCGAUCCAUUCAAAUCAAUCGAGCAAUAUGGCGUAGAGGGCAUCAGAUACUUCCUGCUCAAGGGAGGCGGCUUGGAUAACGAUGGCGAUUGGUCGAACCUCGAGGUGCGCGCCAAACUCACCGCCGACCUUGCAGACUCGAUUGGAAACCUGGUCUCUCGCACAACAGCCAAGGCACUUCAUCCCCAGCGACAAUGGCCCACCACUCAGUCGACUACAUUCUCGCGCACCGCCGAGGAGAACGCGUCUCGAGACAUUGUCGAAGCCCUCAAGCGACUUUGCGACACUGUCAGCAAGCACUACAGCGCAGGCGACUUCAAGAGCGGAAUCUUUGACAUCAUGACGUUCACAUAUGCCACCAAUCUCUACAUUGACACAAUCAAGCCAUGGACACUGGUGCCCAAGCCAGGCAAGCAGGCUGGCGAUCUGCUACGACUCAACGACACAAUGUACAUUCUGUUUGAGUGUAUACGAACGAUCGCAAUGCUACUGCAGCCUGUCAUACCCGAGGCAAGCCAGAGGACAUUGGACCAUCUUGGCAUACCCCUCGCACACAGGACUGCCGAUAACCUCGUCUUUGGCUACCAAUACCAGAAGAACGUAUCAAUGUUGCCGACUGAUCCACUCAUUCUCUUUAAGAAAGAU